AUGCAGCGGGAUUCCAAUAACAUAGUGAAUGUUUCUCGGAAUGCUUCAUUUGUGAAGGUUCCUUACAGAAGAGGAGAAGCAGCGCAAAUGCAGAAGUCAUGUAGUGUUUCUUGUUACAGUGUUGAAUCUGUAUUGGUACUGUUCUGGCUGACUGUCUCUUUGCUAGUUCUUCCUUUGAUUUUGCCUACUCUACCGCCUCCGCCAUUUAUAUUAUUGCUGGUUCCUAUUGUGAUAUUUGUUAUGCUCAUGGUAUUGGCUUUCAUGCCUGGCAAUGUCACCAAUACGGUAGUGUCAUCUGUUUGA